AUGGACUGGAGGAGUGGAAGUCACACACGUAACAAUCUGUCAACAAUAGAACUAGAGGUCAAUACAUUAUCAGCCUACGCAUUCUUUAUGUUGGCAACCAAGGACCAAUUGGACCCAAAUCAGGAACUGUGGAAUCUGUCGACGCCAAAGACACCUCGUGCGGGCGGGCUGGAUCGGCCGGACUACCGCGCGGGCGUAUAUGUUGAGAACAUGUCGAAUCCCGAGCGUUCUGCUGCGGCAUGUUCCUCCUCUCCGCCAACCGUACAGACUUCUGAAUCUGCUACUUUGAACUAUGCCUUCCUCGUGCACUCCCAGAAGACCCUCACCCAGAACCUUCCCCCCCGAGUCGACAACAAGCUGCUUGCUCGUCAGAAGCGCCGUCGGACAAGUCCCGAGGACCACGCAAUACUCGAAGCCGAAUAUCAACGCAAUCCCAAACCAGACAAGACAGCGCGCGCCGACAUUGUGAGUCGCGUCUCGUUGGGAGAGAAGGAAGUGCAGAUCUGGUUCCAGAAUCGUCGUCAGAAUGACCGGCGAAAGUCCAAACCCCUCCAGCCACACGAACUUCUCGCCCCUCGAUCGGACGUGUCUAGCCCUCUAAGACAAACUACAAGCGACGACAGCCCUUCUGCGGAGCCAGGAUCAUCGAGUGGGGGAGAGCAGUACGAUGGCCAGGAACAAGACAGGGAUCUUGCAGAACUGCCUUUGGAAGAUGGCGUGCCGCAGUCUUCCUACGAGUCGGUAGAAAGUGGAGGCAAGGACGAUACGGCACAGCUUAGUUUGAACUCACAGACAAGCCUGUCGUCGCAAUCAACCGAAAACAGUCAAGAGCUCCAUAAGGCCAUUCCCGACACAACGUCGACCCAGCAAGAUAACGACACGCCACUGGAUGACACACAACUCUCUGCCAAGAGAAAGCGUUCCAUUUCAGACCUGCGCGGAGAUGUCCCAACCACACUUCAUCAGCAGCAGCAGCAGCAGCAACAAACUCCUGGCGGCCUACAGGUUCUGAAGUCGCCACCAUCCCUACGUCUGUCACUGUCCUUUGACGGAGAGGCAAUGGUACGAAGGGAAGGCGAGUUGACACCGUCUCCCCCGAAAGGACGCAACUCUCUGCGGAUCGCCAUGUCUUCGGAUGGGAAAGCUGUCAUCCGCACAGAAGAUGAGCCAUCCCCGUCCAAAGGCCGCAUUUCCAUGUUUUCGACAAGAAGCUCCCGAUUCGCAGGGUUGCGUAGAAGCAGUAGUGCGGUGGUCCUUGGGACACCUCGGGUUGGCGCCAUGGAGAAGGAGAAAGCCUUCGGAAGAUCUCGAGACCCUCGGAACUGGGAAUCAUUUUUCGACACCGACGCAAGAAGCGCGUUGUCGACUCCAAGCAGUUCUCAGAGUGCUCCUAACUCUGCCUCCCCUAACCUCAUGCUUGCCCCUGGUCAACGCUCAUUGACCCGAAGCUUAUCAGCAAGACACACAAAUAUGUCGACUUCGACCACCAACGAUUACCUCAACACUCCGAUUCCACAGCAUGCGGGUGAGAAGCGGCGGAAACUCUCGCGUACUGUCUCCUCCCUUGGCCGACUUGAGUCUGGCUUUAGCAAUCUCAACAGAACACCAUCGGGCACAUAUAAGAUCUCCAAACUCCGUGAUACCAUGAAAGAUAAGGAUGAUUUGGAUAUCGAAUGCGGCGACUCGGACAAAGAGAACUGGAUUCCUGGGACCCGAGUCUCACAUGUUCGGCGGCGAGCCGCCUCCCACCAUCAGUCUCAGCGCCCGGCGCUCAAAGAAGCCAAUGGACGAGAUGGCAGGAUAAACAGGAAUCUAGCCGCAACAAGCAGACGUUCCCGAAUUCCUCAUCCGUCGCACCGCAAAAGCAUCAAAUCCAUGCCAGAGCUUGAUGCGGAUGUUUCAGCUUUCAUGGCUGGCGGAGGAGUUGCAAGCCAAGAAGAAGACCUUGACUGUGUUCAAGGUCUAUUAUCCUUGAGUCAAGGCGCUUGGAGGUAGACUUCAUAUUCCUCCUUAGCUUUGUCUCUAUGAUACCACUGAUUUCCUUUGUUCUUUUUCUUUUGUCCUAUACUUCUUGACGUUCCUUUCUGCUCAUGUUGGAUGUCGCAAGCAAGCGAGGAGUGGUUCCAUGUAUGAUGUCGGAGCGAGGCUCAUCUUGUAAUGAUUGAACUUUCUUUGCUUUGUGGACAUAAGCCUCGGUUGUACGGAACAUCCAGCUUGCCCCUUGGAGGCAGUGGCCACUUAUUUGUGUUGACCACGAUGAUGAUGAAACCCUCGUCAUGAGAUAGCCAAGCGAUAUUGAUGUCAAGCAAGCUGUCGCUAAUCAGACGACGAGGACGAAUAUAAAUAUUUCAAUAGAACACCAAUCCGUAGAGCACUGCAUUAUUCUGAUCCAGAUUCAAGUGCUGAGGGGUGGUUGAAGUUGGCACCUCCUGGUGGCAAGAAGAAUGCAGGAUGGACGCACGU